GGGAUAAGGAGGCAGUAGUUAUAUUUAGGCAGAACCGCCUUGAUGUGAGAAUGGUUGUCAUGGGUGUGAUAGAGACGGAUUUCAGAGGAAGCUUUCCUAGUUGACACUAAUAACGAACAUAACAAAUGGUUUAGUCCUACAUUUUGAAAACCCCUUCAGCCAAAAGGUUUUGUACAGUCCACACAUGCGCGCGAAAAUUUUGUAACAACAAUGGCGUCUAAAGCAGGUCGCCGAGGAACGAAGCGCAAAGCCGAGGUUGAGCAGGCAGAAGAGGAGAAACCAUCUGUGGGGGAGAAGAAGGACAGAGGAGAGGGGGACGGCCAGGAAGGCCAAAGGGUGGUCAUUGAACACUGUAAGAGCUGACGAGUGUAUGGGCGUAAUGCUGAGGAGGUGAAAUCUGCUCUCCUGGCAGCCCACCCUGAACUGACUGUGGUCUUCAACCCUGAGAAACCUCGCAGAAACAGCUUUGAGGUCACUCUGCUGGAUGGAGGAAAAGAAAACUUACUGUGGACUGGAAUAAAGAAGGGUCCGCCUCGGAAGCUGAAGUUUCCUCAACCUGAUGAUGUGGUUGCUGCUCUGCAGGAGGCUCUGAAGGCUGCAGUUGACCCCCAGUGAAG